UUUUUUUUUUUUCUUUUUUUCUUUUUUUCUUUUUCUGAGAGUCCUUUCACCUUCUUGACUAAUUUGUUUGUCUCUAUGUUCAAGAGGUAAGAAUUCUCUCCCAAACAGGGAAUGCCUACUUAUCCUGUUGUUAGAGAAUUGAGAGGGGUGAACCUCUGAUGAGUUAGAUUGUUCAUCACCAGUCGGUGAUAUGCUUAGAAUGUGUGGAUUUGAAUGAGUUUGGAGCUUACUCAGUGGAGAAAAGAGAGGGAAAGAAAAAGAUAAUAAUGGAAGUCUGUGUGUGAACUUGAAAUAGGCAGAAGGUGGGGGAAUAAGCUGGGUCCGACCACUAACAGUAGCACCUCCUUCUGAGCCUGGCAAGCCUGAGAAAUGUCCUAAAAUCGAGUUGUUCCAUGUGCCUGGCUAUUGUCUGAUGGUAUCUUUAUUCUCUGGUUGCUGCCUCCUGGCUUGAUCAAUGUUGUGUUUGAUUAAAUUCAAAGAGGAAUUUGGCCAUUUUUACCUCAAGGGAUGUCACUUUCACAGUGAUCGACUCUAAUCCUCCAAUUGCUCUGUGACAUUUAGCUGUUCCACAUGUUUGUUUGUGGGGCCAUCUUUCCUAAUGGUAGUGGGUGUCAUGUUGGACAAAUCCUAAUAUAACACAUGGACAGAAUAUCUUUACCUUUUUGUCCAGCUCGACUAUGUGAUCAUUUGGGAGCAAUCCUUGGCUACCAUAUGUGAACCACAAAGAGUCGAUGUUUAAAGAUACUGAUGGACAGUGUGGUGGUCCUAAGCAGAGAAAGUAAUGUAACCAUAUCAACCACCAUAUUAAUGUUUCCAUACCAAACACCAUAUUAAGGUUCUGAAAUAUGUGCACACACACACAGAGAAGAAAAUGCUUCACAAAGUAGUAGUUGAAGGAAGUGUAACUUCCUUGCAUGAAUUGCUUCAAAAAGAUCCCAUAAUUACAGAGAGAGAGAGAAUGGAGCAAAUGCUUUACGAAGCAGCAGCACAAGGAAGUGUAACUUCUUUGUAUGAAUUGCUUCUAAAAGAUCCAUUGAUUAUUGACAGAGUUAUGCUGAAUUAUACUGAGACUCCUUUACAUAUAGCAGCCCUGCUUGGACAUGCGGACUUUGCGAAGGAGAUUCUACUUCAAAAGCCUGAACUUGCUGCAGAGUUAGAUUAUAGACGAUCUUCUCCGCUUCACUUGGCCGCAGCAAAAGGGUACAUUGAAAUAGUAAAAGAAUUGUUAUUUGUAAACCCUGAGAUGUGCCUUGCUUGUGAUCGAGAUGGGAGAAAUCCAGUUCAUCUAGCAGCCAUGCGGGGUCAUGUGCAUGUCUUGAAAGAGUUAGUCCAAGCCAAACCUCAUGCAACUUGGGCCGCCUUGCCGCGGGGUGAGACCAUAUUACAUCUGUGUGUGAAACACAAUCAAUUGGAAGCUCUGAAGUUGUUGGUGGAAACUGCAGAUGCUCAUGAGAUCAUGAGUGCUAAGGACGACAAUGGCUUCACAAUCCUGCACCUAGCAGUUGCAGAUAAACAACUUGAGACCAUAAACUAUCUACUUUCAAGUACAUCCAUUGAAGUAAAUGCGGUGAACCUGAAUGGAUGCACAGCAUCGGACAUUCUGGCACAAAGUCGCAGAGAUGUACAAGAUAUGGAAAUCAGUGAGUUACUCCGACAUGUUGGAGCUGCAAAGGCAAAGAACAUAUCUUUUUCUGCUUAUGAAUUUGGAAGCAGUAGGACAAGGGGCAUGUCUUCAGAUGCAGAUGAUCAAAACAGGGUGCCAUGCCCUAUAGGAAAGAACUGCAAUGAGUUUAAUAAGAAGAAAGAUGACUGGUUGGACAAGCAGCAGUCUGCAUUAAUGGUUGUGGCAUCACUGAUUGCCACCAUGGCCUUCCAAGCUGGUGUGAGCCCUCCUGGUGAUGUAUGGGGUGACAACUCAAAAUAUGAUCCUGAAGGUAGCCCAGCACCGGCACCCAGUUCAGAGACUCCACACACUGCAGGGUUAUCCAUAAUGGCUGAUAAUAACCCAGAUGCACAUACUUCUUUCCUUGUCACCAACACCAUCAGUUUCCUUGCAUCUCUCAGCAUCAUUCUAUUGCUCAUAAGCGGGUUGCCCAUCAACCGUAGGCUUUUUGUGUGGAUUUUGAUGGUGAUAAUGUGGAUUGCAGUCACAGCAAUGACACUGACCUAUCUGGUCUCCAUAACAGCUCUCACACCCAACCAUGAGCUGGAUCACCUCUCUUGCAUGAUAACGGUUGUAGCAUAUGCUUGGACUUGCUUGGUGGCUCUUCUUCUUGUUGACCUCAUUCUGAAGAUGAUAAAGAAGUUAAUUAAAUGGAGAGGACGCUCAAGCUCAAUGAUCAUCAAUGGCACCACUACUAUUUGAUGUCUAGAUUUUAUGUACUAUUUCUCAAACUUCAUAAAUUAGUGGAGUGUAUAUGAAUCUUCGUUUGCCUUUGUA